AUUGGCUAUAAUGUGGCGAAUCGUGAGUAUCCAAGCAUGUGAUUGGCUACAAUGGCGACUCGCAUUUCCCGCAGUCAGUCGAGUCGCAAGCAUGGAGCCGCCACGCGAAGUCCCGGCCGUGGGCCGAUCGCGAAGCACGGGCCCGCGGGUCAUCGUCGACGGCAAGAACAUCUGCGCGCUCUGCCGCAAGCAGCGGCAGCAUGGCGCUGGGUGCCCCGAAGGCGUGGCCGCAAGGAAGCGCGCCGCCAAGAAGCGCGCCGUCAAGUUGCAGAAAGCUAUUACCAGGAGCGUCAUUGUCCAUCGCAUGCGCCGCGCCUACGAGACGCCCGCCGGUUGCCGACCGCUGUUGGUCCGCCAUGAUGACACCCGUCUCGACCGCGAUGCAAGAAGAGAGGCGCAGAUGGCCGAGAGCAGUGACAAAGGUGGUGGACGCCAAGUGACGCCACACGAAGACGAGCGCCGGUCCACCGAGAUCCACCCGCGCGGCGAUAGCGACACUGUCGAUGACGACGACACGGACAAUAGCAAUGCGACGCCACCUGGCGGCGCCGUCGAAUCCCAGCUGCUCGACAACGAGUGGCUCCAGCGUGUCGCGACCUUGCCGGUGCUGCUCGACUUGAAGCCGUGUGCCAAGACGGUCUUGGAUCGACGGCUCUGGCCCACGUGGAAGUAUACGAUCUCGGACCCGGCGCUCGAUGCGACAAUGCCCACGGACCCGGACGCGCGCGUCUUUGGCGGCUGCGAUGUGUACGUGUGGUGUCCGUUCACCUUCUUCUCGCACUUGAUCGCCGUCGCGGACCUCAACUGCCCCGUCUGCGGUCGUACGGGCGUCGUCGCCCAUGGGUGGUGCAAGGGCUUUGAGCCCGUGGUUUCGCUGGACGGGCGCAAAUCCUACCUCAAGUAUCGUCGACUGCGCCAUCCUAACUGUACGGGCGCCGCCAACAACGCGGCAGAGCCACACGUUCCGAGUUCGAGUCGAGGUCGCAGCACCACUCCUGCGACCAGAGGCACCUUCUUCUCGAGCCUUGACGAGCGAUUGCUUCAGACGUGGUAUCCCUCAUCCAUGGUCGCGCUCUUGCCGUUCCGACACAGCGGGGACCGCAUCGUGACGCUCGACGUCGCCGCGUACACGCGCUCAAUGCAGCAGCUCGCGGCUUCCGAGAGAGAUGCCACGCCGCCUGAACGGACGGACGUCUCCGCCACGGACGUCACAGACGUCACGGCCGUUGAUACCAGUGCAGCUAACGCUAUGGAAGAGACCCCGCGUGUGGCCGUCGACGCGGUCGAGCUCCAUGAAGCUCGGGCCGCGCUUGCUUCCAUCGGGACCGACCGCCAUGUGCAGGACGUUUUCGACACCAACGCAGCCGCAUCGUCGACGGCUACUCAGUGGCAACGUGCGCUGGCCGAACUCGCGCAUGGCGAAGUCAACUUGCGACCGAAUACGAAGCGCAAGAUGCGCCCGUGCCCCGAGUGCUUUUGCCCGAACCGCGCCCACCGUCAGAGAGGCGCGGGAACGUGCAAGCUCCACAUCUUUUACAUGGAGAACCGACGUCAGUUCCAGAACGGACCCGGCGGCUCGGGCAUCACGGCCUACGACAAGGCCAUCGACGCCUUCAACAAGCUCCGGGCCGGCAGCGCAGCCUCCUAGCGCCAGUGGGAUUCCACCCGUAACGAUGCAUCCAACAAAGAUGGGACGUCGACGAACACGAAGCUCGACGAGUCGUUUACGGUCCUGGAGUGGUGUCUCGCGCAGCCGAGUGUGCUUGGGCGGGCAAGAGCAUGGGAAGGGACCGCAUCAUCGGCUGCACGCCGUGGUAGCCGAUGCCACCCGUUGCAUCAUUCACUCGGGCGGUGGGGCUGCUGGGAUUCAACAAGGGCCGGAAAAUCGGGUCCCACGACAAUCAACGUCAACCCGAACCAAGCGAAGCGUCCGUGGACCAGACAUUCUAGCCUUCGCGUGCAC